AUGGAUGUUUCCAAAGAAAACGAAAAGCUUCAAGAAGAAAUUGAUCGACUGCAAGACAGGAAUUUCCGCGUUGAGGAAAGGGCAAAUGAACAUGAGGUUCGUAUUAAGGAACUUGAGGUACUUUUGGCAUUAGCGCCGAAUAAUCCUACAGUUCCCAAAAUUGUCAAACUGGACAGGGAAAAUAGAGGAGAUUUGUAUGCCGACGAAGAUAGAGAGAGGACCUUGCAAGAAAACCAAAGGUUGCGCGAUUCCCUGAGGCGUUACGAAGAAGAGAUUGCAGUAUCAAAGGCUGCUCAUGAACAACAACUUGCUGUUCAUGAGGCUCGACAAAGUGAACAACAGGCUCAAAUUGGGGAACUUCUUCAAGCUGAGAGUGUUCGGCAGCGCGCGUCUGGGCAUAAUUCAGGAAAGGGAUCGGGACAAGACUACUUACAAGAGCAUCACGAGCCCAUUUUGAAGGAAAAUGAGCAGAGCUCGCGUUUCCGGAGCAAAGGUGAACCAGUAGUUGUGGAUAAGCUGGCGAAAGACAAAAUGGAGUCUGUGGAGGAUGUUAUGCGGGUACUUGAAGCUGUAUGGGUAAACGAAGAAGAAACAAAAAGACACUUACAAAAAUUGUCUCGCCAAAAUGCUGAUUUGGUCUCCAUGCUUGGGAAUGGCGAUCAACAUGUAAAAGAAGAAGAACUACGUGGACAUAUUAGAAGCCUUGAUGAACGAGAAGAGCAGCGCCAGAGGGAUAUCAACGAAUUCCAAGCUGAAAAAGACCGUCUUGCUGACCAAGUUGACGAUUUGAGGCAUGCUAUUAAGCAAAAGGACGACAAAAUACGGGAUCUUCAGGAUCGCCUGGGUAUGUUGGAGAAUCGUUUGAAAGAAGAUGAAUUCAAUCAGCGAAAGCAAACAGAUACACCAAAGGACGGUGUUAUGGAAGACCGAAUGCGGAAGCUUGAGGCAGCUGUCGCACAAAAGAAAGCUGAUAUGAAUGGGCUUGCAAAGGGAAGAGACAAGAGGCUUCAGGAAUUAAAUGAUCAACUGGCCACCAUGAGGGAAGCAAAUGAUGGGUUGUGGAAGCAGCUCGUUGCGCUUCAGGAUGAAAAACAGGAUUCUCGUGGCCGUUCCUCAGGAGGCUUUUCACCCAGAACACCGCGAAGUAGUGCGCGUCGCCGUUCCAUGGAGCAUUUGGUCUAUUCACAACCGACCACUCAGACAUCGGAAGAAAGAAAAAGGACUGUUGUUGCUGAUGGAGCACACCUUGCCGUCACAAUUGUCGAACUAUCCGAUGUUUUAAGGAACGGAAGGCCUAUUACAGAGCCUGGAUUCAUCAUUAUUAAGGUCAAAUCAGUGAAGGAAAAGUAUAAGACGUCUGUAAAGGAAUUAGCGUCUGUCAUAAGAUUUGAUGAAACCUUUGUAUUUUAUCUCGCGCAGCCAGAUGAAGACAUAAUCACUCUUCAUGUUUUUUACAAGCCAAAGACCAGUUCACGCGAAUAUCAUAUUGGAGAUGCUUCUUUUACAAUGGCUACAUUGCAUCGUGGUGUCCCUCGGCAACGUAUUGCCAUUGUGGCGCAGAAUCCUGGAACAAGGGAUGCAAGAAGGGCAGCUCAAGUCGAAGUUAUCAUGCAAAGUGAUGACUUUGGUAAGAUGACAGUUCCUACUGAAGCAGAAAUUGAGGAUGAAAAACUGCGCUUCAAUGAAUUACUGAGGCGAGUUGAGGUAAGUUCACCAGAAGACUUGCAUCAUGCCGACGUUAUGAUGACCAUGAACAAUCGUCAAUAA